AUAUGUUGUGCAUGGGAACUUUGCCAGGAAUUGCACAAUUUAAUUCAUAAAGCGUGAGUGAUAUGUAAGUGUGAACUCAAGUCGAAAUGUGAGUAAUGCUGUCAGGUGACAAUGAGAGCUUCUGAUUGGUUGAAGAGAUGCAUAUUAAUCUUCGACUUCAAAUUGGUUUCAUUGCUACCGAGCUGUCAUUCUUCGGUAGAGGGUAUUUGAAUUGAAACACUUUAUUAACGAUUUAUAUCUCACGUUUUAUUGAAGACAUCCAGGCUCGUGACGCGAACAGUUCUCCAUCAUGGACCAUUCAAAUAAUCCCCUGGAUGUUUCUGGUCUGAAUAUGGUUGUGCCCGGCCCCCAGGACGUGGGUCUGGAUAUGUUGAGGUCGGACCCCCAGGACGAUGACCUAAACAUGGUUUUGCCCGAGUCCCAAUGCGAUCACCUAUAUAUGGUGAUGCCCCAGGACGAUCACCUGAAUAUGGUUGACCCCCUGGACAAUGGUCUUGACCCUGCGGUUGCCAAGGCCAUGGUUGCCACAAGCGAAUGUCACAGCUUUAUGCCCCUAAUCAAGCUGGAACUCAACACCAAAAUCAAGUUGAGGCGACCCAACCUUACUGUGUCGAGUCAGCCGAAACCACCACCUGAGAUGACAGCAGGGGAAAUGGACAAACGAGAAAAAGUCAAGAAGAAAAACAAGCACCACGCCACCAUGAGUCGUAUUAGGAAGAAGGAGAGGGAACAACUGUUGCAAGAGGAGAUCGCCGGAUAUGAGACGGAGAACGCCCUUCUGAAGGACGAGAUCGCCAACAGCCGUGGACAAAUCCAGGUCCUGGAGGACGUUCUCCGUCGCCACGAGUGUCUUCUUCGACCUCCCCGUGAUACUCCGCCUACAUGAAAUUACCUGUGUCGCCUGUCGACCUUCUGAAUCAGGCCCCGUUGUCAAACAUAGAUCAUACGCUCUUCUGGCGGCGCCGUUUUACAUAUUCUCCCAACAUUUCUCUUAACAAUGGUCUAUCUGUUACUUUAUUCCCUUGAAACAAAACCUCUAUUUCAAGUGAUUAGGUUAUGUCAGGUCAUUUCCGCUACCUAAUAUUUGCUGGUAUUUGAAACAUCAAGCCGGGUGACCUGGGGUCGUGACGUCAUUAUUGCCAUGACAACGCAACCGGGCCAAGAUCUGGAUGCUCACGUAUUCAGCUGCUGCCAGGUUGUCGUGACCCAGUGUAUGAGUCAUGAAAAGUCGGCCAUCUUGCGUUUUGUCCCGCGUUCAGUGAAAAUAUGUUGCCUCUGUGCCUCUUGAAGGACGGCUUGAGGGGUGGUGGGGUGUUGAUUUUUUUCUUGUGGGGGGUAAGGGGGUUGAUAAGACUUGGGUAACAAAUCAUGCGUCCUUAAAAUCCUUUGCCUCUCUCCCGACACAGACUUCAUGAUGUCUGUGUAAAUGGCAGUUAAAUCGGGCUACGGCUCGGUCUUUCUCACGGCAUGCAGAACACUCCCUGUCCACGGGACUCAGUGGUAGCGAGCCCCUUUAAGACAGCCAUAUCACUGAAAUUGUUUUGUGUUGACGGACAGACCAUGUGAUCCGUUGUGCAAGACCUAGUUAUUGAAUAAGCAAUUAGGAUGAAAGUUGCUGUUCAUAAAAUGUAUUAUAGAGAUAUAUGUGAUUUAGUUUAAGUAGGAAAUCAUUUUCUGUAUCAGUUAAAGCAGGAUAGUUAAUAUCUGAAUAAAGGGAAAUACUAAAACUA